CGUCGUUCAUGAUCGUCUCUUAUUAAUAGUGACAACAUGAGUAUUUGUUGUUGUAUUCAGGAGAAACACCGACGAGUUCUGUAUCUUUCUCCAAACAAAAAGAAAAAAGAAAAAAAAAGAAGAGUCCUGCAGGUUGCUGAGCCUCCGCUGACUGGCAGGUCUGUCGACCAAUGGGAGCGCGGCUGGACUCCCGUGCGGCGCUGUGAUUGGCAGCCGCCGGGCCAGGGGGCGGGGCUGUGAGCUCCCUCCGCAGAUCCAGCGGACAUCUGGAGCAGCUGCCCGGGAAUCAAACCAGCCCCGACGUCCCGCACCCAGCCUGCCCGCAGCCCGCGCUCUGCUCCCCGGUGCUCCGGUGUCGUCGGCGGGCUGGAUGUUCACCGGGAGGCUGCUCGGGAGGGACGGAGCGCGCCGGUACAAACACGGAGGAGGCGGAUGGACUGAAGUGAUCCGACAUCUGAGGGUCUGAGGCCCGAUGGGAGCUGCGACACGUCCGGACCGGAGUCACUGAGGAUCCUCUGUUUGUCUGUCAGAUAAACCUGGUCCCGGUCCUGGUCCUGGUCCUGGUCCUGGUCCUGGUCCCGGUCCUGGUCCUGGUCCUGGUCCCGGUCCUGGUCCCGGUCCUGGUCCUGGUCCCGGUCCCGGUCCCGGUCCCGGUCCUGGGCCCGGUCCUGGUCCUGGUCCUGGUCCUGGUCCUGGUCCUGAUCCUGGUCCCGGUCCCGGUCCCGGUCCCGGUCCUGGUCCUGGGCCCGGUCCUGGUCGAGGCAGCAGGCGGAUCCUCCUGCUGGUCUGGAUUAAAGCCCAUCAGGAUCAUGAAUCAUCCCCCUCCGCUCCUCUAAUCUGGGUUUUAUCGAGCUGGAUUUAAAUCUGAGACCUGAUCUGGAUUACUCUGCUCCUGGUUCUGAUCGGGUCACAGCUGACCCGGUCUGAACCGGCCCUGGUCCUGCUCCUCUCUGGUCCUGGUUGGGGGGAGCUCCGCUGCCAUCAUGCCGACGUCCCGGCCCGGUUCUGAGCCGGUGGAGUUCUGGGUGGAGGGGUCGCGGCGGGACGGGACGGUGGAGGAGUUCUACACCCUGAGCUCCGAGCUGGGCAGAGGAGCGACGUCUGUCGUUUAUCGCUGUGAAGAGAAACAGACUCAAAAACCUUUCGCUGUCAAAGUCCUGAAGAAAACGAUUGACAAGAAAAUUGUUCGUACGGAAAUCGGCGUCUUGCUGCGACUGUCACACCCGAACAUCAUCCAGCUGAAGGAGAUUUUCGAGACGGACACUGACAUCGCUCUGGUGUUAGAGCUGGUGACCGGAGGAGAGCUGUUCGACAGGAUCGUGGAGAGAGGUUACUACAGUGAGAGAGACGCGGCUCACGUCAUCAAACAGAUCCUGGAGGCAGUGGCGUAUCUACAUGAGAACGGUGUGGUGCAUCGCGACCUGAAGCCAGAGAACCUUCUGUACGCCGACCUGUCGCUGGAUGCUCCUCUGAAGAUCGCCGACUUCGGUCUGUCCAAAAUCAUCGACGACCAGGUGACCAUGAAGACGGUCUGUGGUACACCGGGCUACUGCGCUCCAGAGAUCCUGAGGGGAAACGCGUACGGCCCCGAGGUCGACAUGUGGUCAGUGGGCGUCAUCCUCUACAUCCUACUCUGUGGGUUCGAGCCCUUCUUCGACCCCAGGGGCGACCAGUACAUGUACAGCAGAAUCCUCAACUGCGACUACGAGUUUGUGUCUCCGUGGUGGGACGAGGUCUCUCUCAACGCCAAGGACUUAGUCAGUAAGCUGAUCGUCCUCGACCCUCACAAGCGCCUCAGCGUCCGCGAGGCGCUGCAGCACCCGUGGAUUCUGGGUAAAGCCGCCCGCUUCUCCCACAUGGACGUCGCCCAGAGGAAGCUGCAGGAGUUCAACGCUCGACGUAAACUCAAGGCUGCCAUGAAGGCCGUCGUCGCCACCAAUCGGAUGCACGAUGGCUCGCGGCGUCGCACCGACAGCUGUGAGAUUCCAGGCUCAGGGGCUUCCAGGCAGAGCAGCAUGCAGCAGGACCCGCCUCCUGACACAACAGGCCCCGCCCCGACAGACAAAGAAGCCCCGCCCUCAGAUCAACACCCGGAGGAGGACGAAUCAAAGCCCGCUGACCAAAGUACCCUCAGCCCCUCCCCUCCACACAGCCCCAAACCCCCCAGCUCUGAUGUCACGCCCACAGGCCCGGCCCCCACCAGACCGCCGCUGCGAGCUGAUGGGCUGCGACAGGUGUCUGUCACCCCCAAAACCGUGCUGGUCCAACCACGGCCGCCGCAGAAGAGCUGCUCCGUGGUAGAGUCCACCCCCAGAGUUGAGGCCACACCCACUCUGACCACGCCCCCAAGCCCCAACAGCCUCAGUAAUGGCUUCAUACCGGGGGCGGAGCCUGCCAAUAAGACCACCCACUGCCAGUGAUCACCUGACACCUGAUUGGCCUCAGCUCUUCACCAACAUCUGUACAGCCACUUCUCCUACUGCUGUAGCUAACAUGCUAA